GACGCGGAGAAGACAAGGGCGAGAGGAAAAAACCUUAAAGUAAAAAGAAUCGUCAUGUUCUAAAUCUAUAUUUUUUCAUAAAACAUUAAAGGAACAUGUCAGUUCGGAUUUAUUUUUUAAAAAUAAUCGCGUCGUUAUAAAUAACGAAUGCAUUCGUUUACUUACUUAUUUUAAAUCAUAUUGUCUAUAUUUACUUUAAAUAUGUAUUAAAUGAGUGGAAUUACGUUAUAAAUGCGCAUGAUUUAGCGUCACAAUGUUCCGGCAAAAGCUCGAACAAUGCGUCACGGAGAGUUCAACAAAAAAAAGGCCGAUCGCGUUUUUCCCUUUAAUGGAAAUAUUUUAUACAUAUAUGACGUUAUAUAUGCAGCUCUACAUGUUUUAAUCUUUGUAAAUUUGCGAUUGUGCUGUACCGUGAACAACCACGACUCCCAAUUUGAACAGCUUUAUUAAACAUAUCGAUUUAUGCAGAGGGAUAUUACAUCAUUGUGGCGCUAGAUAUGUUUGAAUCGAUAACAAAUAAAUACAACGAAAUCAAAUGCGUAUAUUCACGGCGAAAUGGAGACAAAGAAAACGAACUUUUAAGUGACGGAGGAUAUUUUUUAUGCUCUUGUUUCCGAUAUAGCUGGCGUAGAUUUGACGUCCGUCCUGGUGUUUCCCCUCACAGAUGACUUUUUGCAUUAUUCUAAGGCCGUCCAUCCUCGCAACUCGGCUCUAUUGUUAUGAUAAUACUAUUGUGAUUUUAACACUCGAUGUGCAAUCUGUCGAUCCUCUUUGUAAUGGCGACUGCUUUAUUUUACUUUUCGCUUAUAUCAUUUGUGUUCUCUCGUUUGGCCUGACCUUUUCUAAGCUUUUUAAAAUGCGAAUGAAAAGCUUAAGUUGAAUAGCAUACAAAACGAAGCAACACAGUUGUGAUAUUUCUAUUUUUCUCGCUUCUGAACGAGGCCAACGUCUCAAGUCUAGGGGUAAAAUGAUAUGAUUGGGACUUAGCUUUUAUUCACGUGUGAUUGUUUUUAUUAGUGGUAACAGUUAAAGAAUAGGACAUAGAUUCUUCAAGUUUAAUGAACGUUAAGAAACGUGAUCUUGAGAUGAGGGGUGUCUUCAAUACACACACACACACACAUACACUCAGACACACACACACACUCAAGUCAUUCCACUUCAAUCAUAUCAGAUAAAGUCUUCACUUUGUACAUUAUUUGUUAUUGUCUGAGUCGAAAACACCCUAUGACUAUCGAUAAGAGGGUGAGAAUGUGUGUGUGUAGGUGUGUGUGAGUGUGUGUGGUGGUGGGUGGGUGUGGAGUCUGAAUUUAAAUCCCAAUAUUUGUGAUGUGUUUUCUGAAAAGCCACCUAUAUGUGUAAAAAAAACCCAACUGUUUAUGGUUAAAAUCUUGACAUUAAUCCUCCAUCUUAACCGUCAUGUUGUGGCACAACAAUGAAAAUACACCUCAUCAGUGUUUAUUGAGACAAAACCGCAUUUUCCAGCACGAGAGAAAAACCCAAAAGCAGCGGCCGCACAAUAUUUAUUUUAAUUCGUGGAUAAGGUGUGAGGAAAUUGUGUUUCUUGAAUUGUAUUUGCUAAACGUUGCAGCGACGGUGAUGCUAGGUGAGUGACGGUCGUGGAUGAAAUCGAGGUUAUAUUGAGAAGAAUGAAUCCAUUUUAGUGUCAGGGAAUAAAAAUCGGAAGCCCAAAUAAUUCCGCUGAUUAUGAACAUGAGGAAAAUCGGUCCCAACAUGUGAGGAGUUGCCGUUUGACCGAUGAUAAAUACAGAUACUGAAUAUUUCAUCCAUAAUAAAGCUCUUAUGUAAAUCAUUCAUAAUUCACAGCCACUCCCCCGGAUAUAUAUCCACAAACAUGCGCCGGCUGUACCAUAACCACGUCGUGAUGCCCUCAGGUGUUUGCCAGCGGUUGUUGUUCCCACUGUAAUAUGUAGUUAGCCCUCUCAACAAUUUACCCUGUCAGUGCUAAUGGGUCAAUUAUCCAAUGUGGUAACCCCCCCAGGCCGAAUGAGAGCCAAAAUCUCCUCAACUCCAAACUUGUCUUUAUGACAUUUAUAUGACAAAAUAUGGGGGGGAACUCGGGGCCCAUCUGACACCUCUGCAGGUCCUUAAUGUCGGCCCCUCCCUCUGCAGACCCCCUCUCUGCCCUAGGGUGCGGCACAGAGCAGGAACUGUAAUACAUCAUGUACAGGCGAAGUAAAGGCCUGGUCCGGGGCACUCUGCACUCCUUGUCCAUCUCUGUGUAACUUUAUUUGGAGUCAAACACGCGCACGCCUCAAACUCUUAACUUGACCUCUGUCUUCCUUCACCCCAUUUGCCGCUCAUAAGUCCGUCUGUCUUUGUCUCUGCUGUCCAUCUUGCAUCCCCAAGGAGGCAAUAACCUCCCAAGCAAGUGCUUCCCCUUGAGCUGUUGUCAUAGUAACUUGUGGGCUGGUCGACAUGACAACCCCACCAUGGUCCAGAGAUAGAUGAUAGGCCAGAAAUGGAGAUGGGGGUGCAGGGGCAUAGACACCCCCUCUAAUCUGGAAUGCUGAUUCAAAAUGUUUUUUUUUAAUAUUAUUUUCUCUAUUGCACAUUCAGCGCCAACCUGCUUUACAUUUAAACAGGUAUUUGCCGCAGACGCUCUCGGCCUCUGCUACGCCACAGAUUCGUCUGUUCGACGGAAAAUGUCAGACCAGCAGAAAAAAAUGUUUUGAGUGUGAUGUAAACAUAUUUAUAAAAAAGAAAAAUUAGCGCCUAUAACUGCUGCAUUUUCUUUUGUCCACCGUAGACUGAAAGGCAUUAUUUGAAUAACUCUUACAAAAAAUUCUGCUAUUUAUUUUACUUUUUCUGUUUAAACAUUCAAUUUACCUUAACGUCAGCAUAAACUUGCAUUUCAUUGGUCGUUAUGAAAUACAAUAUUUUAUCUUUUUGUGAUGGUUUUUAUGGUGCUUAGAUCAUUUUAUACUAACCUUGCUCCCUUUUAUUAUUAUUAUUUAUUGUUAUUAUUAUUAUCAUUAGUAGUAGUAGUAUUCCUUACGAUUAAUAAUUAAGCUGUCCAUUUUGUCAUUAUUUUCACGACAUUUUAAUAAAAAAGAAGAAGAAGAAGAAGUUACACAUUUGUGUGUUUUUGUCCAGAGGACGAAAACAGAAAUUGAAAUACUACAACCUUGGAUUUUUUUUUCACUUAUUGCCCUGUUUAUUCUGAAACCUUCCCUUAAAAGAUAACAUGAAUUCACCCUAAAAUCAAAUGGUUCCAUCACAAUCCAGCAAACAUGCAUAUUUAAAAGAGAAACUAAUUAAUUAUAGGCGUUGGAAAACAGUGAUGGAUGACAGUUAACCCAAAGGAAUCACAUUACACAUCAUGUUUUUAUUGCCGCUGUCAUGAUUUUUAAAGGAUGGAGGGGCGAGCGAGAUGAUAAAUUCAAAAACAGAUCGGGGUUGCGGACCUUCAGCUCUCCCUGAUCUUUGACCUCGGACGAUGCUUGGAAAACAGAUGCUACGUGAAUAAAAUGGAGCUGGUUUUUACCUUGAAAUUUAUUUAUUAUGAUUUGGCGCUAAAAUAUAAACCGCCAAAAAUAUAAUAUGAUGCUUUCAAGUGAGCUGUAGAAUAAAUAAAAAUUUAAUAUAAUUCUAAUCUGCAUAAUAUGAUCAGAUAUAAAAUAAGUAUGAAAACAUAAAUAACAUAAUAUAAUGCCGAAGAUUGACUAUCGAACAUUAAGUACUUUUGAAUAAAUUAUGCAAAAUGCGAAGAACAGGAGUAAGCAGCAGCAGCAUCAAAACAGGUAAAUAUAAUAAAUGAAUUAUGGAGAUUAUUAAUAAGUGGAAUGCUUGUUAGGAAAGGAGUGCCUCUAAGUGGGAUGAAGGGGGGGUCUUUCCAACGCCAAAAUUUCAUUGCCUCCCCACGGGACCACAGUGUUUUUUGGUUUUGCAUUUUCAAUCAUUGGAAUUGUUAUUUUAUGCACCACAAUCACAUUGUAGAAAUGAAGGUAUCGUUGAAUGAUAUUGGUGAAGUAAUACAUAUUAAACAGGCAUAUAACACAUCUAUGAUCGCCAUGAGAUCAUGUUACUACUACUACUACUACGAUGACAACGCUUGGCUUGAAAUUAAAAAACUUGGUUGGUAUAUUUAAACAGUUUAUGUCACAGGAAGAGAACGCAUCUUGUCUGGCUAAAUGUUAAGACUUAAAAAUACGUGGAAUUACUAAACUUAAGUGGAAAAAUAUUUAUGUUCAAGGGUUUUGAUAGUUCAAGUAAUUAGUUUAAAAAAUGGUUUUGCACAGAUAGACAACUAGCUAUACAUGUAUUUGCUGUUGGUUAGACUUAAACUAGAUGGCAACCAUUAGUACUAAUAUAUGUAUUGUAUUUCUUGAAUUAUUUCCAUUGCAACUAUAUAAAACAAUAUGCCUGGUACUUUUUUUAACUUCAAUUUUUCGUAUAUGAAUCAGGCAGUCGUUUUUAAAUCAUGAUUUAAAUCCUCAACCUUCAAUGACAUGGAUAGCUGAGCUCCAUGAACAUAUUGUCUACAUAUAGUUAUUCCUCUGUUGACGCCAGCUGUGUCAUGCCAAAAUGAUGAAGCGAUCGGUCACUAACCAAGUUAUGCAAAGAGGGAGACUUAAGAUCUGCCUGUUUAUUUCAGUGCUUUCUGAGCAGUGAUAUCUCAGUUGGGUGAAACUGCCGGUCUGCUCUCACCUGGUCGUGAAGAGAGAGAAAAGAGAGAUUUGAGCUCACUGUUUGAGCAGGUUGUGUUUACUCGCCAACCAUCACCCUCUCUCUAUGGAUGCAUGUUAAAACGGUGAUGGACUCAAGAUUUGUUCCCUGACCAGUCGUCAUUUGCUUCUGUAUUGAUUGGGGGAGUGACCUCUUGCAUAGUCCAGAGACUCAGAAUAGAGCUUCUGCAUAUUAGAGAUUGUUAUGAAUCAUGUGAAAAUGGUUUGAGGGUUCAUCAAUAAUCUAUCAUGAGCGGAUGCCUCGGAGCUGAAAUGUGGAACAUAAGGGGUUCCAUAUGAAUUUGAAGUGUAAAUGUUUAGUGUAUAGUCAAUAGUGUUUUUUCUUGACUGACUGACUCAUGGAGCCCUGAGGUUCUCAUUGAAAACCAAGGGCAAGUCAGGAGGAGGCUUCAAAUGGAAGGUCGAACCCAUAUAGUUUGAUGCAAAGUGUCAGCUCAGAAAUGGACGGCAACAAAUGACUUUCAAAAAUGAAAAUGACUGCGCAUCUCCUUUUCAUUUUCAGCUUGAAAAAAAAGAGCAAUAAUAGUAAUUACGGCAACAAAAGUAAUUACCAAAACCUGUUUCGUUUCAACUUAAAAGCCCCACCAUUUCCUUUUGUGCGUCUCAGUUCUUCAUCAGUUGGCACUUUGAUCAAGAUUCAGCUGUGCUCUUCGUUUGGCCUUUUCUUUUUUUCGACUUGCUGUGUGUUUGAUGUGUUUGCGUGGUUUCAUUUUUGUUGCCUCCACUUCUGACAGAUGAAUUUCCACCCUGGGGAUCAAUAAAGUGUGUCGUCUCAUUUCAUCUGAUUUCGUCUCAUCACCUCAGAUGCGACCUCCUGCUGGAGAUUGUUAAUGAUGUCAAUCUAGCGGAGCUUGCCCACAGGUAGUCAAUAUUUAUAGAUAGCUAGACACACGUACCUAUUCAUGUAUGCUAAUUCAGAGAGACGCGAGCGGAUGGCGCAAAAGCACUGAUUCUUUUUCAUGUACUUAAAUAAUAUAGGAAUGUGAUUGGUGUUUUUGUGAAAAAGGGCCUUACACGACGCAUAUAUUUCAUAUACCAUUCAUCCUCUGUGCCAAAACUGAUAACAUUAUGACCACCUGCUAUUGAAAGGCCCCAUUUGUGCAGGCCAUUGUUUCCAGCGAGCAGUCACUGCCCCACUGGUAAUCUUGUCUAUAAUUGGUGACUAUUCCUUCUGUUUCCUUCUUUCCUUCUUUUAUAUAGGCACCAAUCACUGUGUAAAGCGAACACCACACAAAAGGUGCUGUUAUCAGAGCAACACACAAUAAAAGACAGGUGGCUAUAAUGUUAAUAGAUCCAUUGUACAUCUGGCAUUUUCACUGUUUUCAUAACUCUCAUUUCAUAUUUCAGUUUAAUUUAAAUUCUCUAGAAUAGGAUUGGUUCUGCAAUAAAAACACAAAUAGAUUGUUGUUUAUUUCCAUGAAACAAAAUAUAUAUUUUUUGAAUAAUGAUUUAUUCAUGUAUUUUUUAAAAAUCGAGAAAACAUCUUUAAUUUGUUAAAGCCAUUAUAACGCUAGGUUGAUCUAUUAAUAUAUGUAUUUUAAUGUAAAGUGGGGAAAACGUGAGACGAGACAAAAAGAAAGGGUGGGAAGAACGCGCCAGUGUUUUAAGGUAAAACUGAGCAACAGCGUCCCUUACUGGUCAGGGGAAGAAGUGAUCAAUGAGCCUCUCGGCUACCGUACAAGCGGAAAUAUGUCACGCAGUGUGUUGUGAUACAGUUUAUCUGAACUUCACAAGCAAAUAUCUAUUCUGUUCUUCAUUUACAGAUCUGCGUUAACAUGGACGAUGAAUGGGAAGAGGAAGAACAGCUAGUUGUGGUGGAGCUCUCUGGUAUAAUAAACAACGACUUUCUGGCCAAGGGUCCGGGAACAUGCAAGAUUUUGGACAUUGACAGUGAAACGCCGAUGAUGCAAAUAGGAGAGUACGUGUUUGCUGGAGAAUAUGAAGAUGCUUUGGGAACUUGCGUGCUGUUUGAAGAGGAUUCAUCUCAUGGGAAGAAUGCCCCAAAGCUCAAGUAUAUGUGUAAAACUGCAAAGAAACUCUUGAUGCAGCGAAUCUUCCUGACAGAGAAAAAGGAAUGUGAAUCCAACUCAGGGAGCGGUGAUGUUGCCAGGACAAGUCAUGAAGAUGCAAUGGAAGGAGAGAUGGACACUAGUCAUUUGAAAUCAUAGACAUCAUGCUUCAACUGUGACACCAUUUGUACGAAAUAUUUUAGUAAACAUUUUUCAGCACGUUUUUAUUACAGUUUGAUGUUGUUGUUUUUUACUAUAAUGUUGUUAAUAUAAUAAAAUACCUUUGAAUGUCAACAUAACUGCCUAUAAAAUAUGUAUGCGCUGGUUCCUCUGCACACAACAUGUUAAAUUAUAUAAUAAGUUGAGGAUCACUGGUAAGAUACUGUUCUCAGUUUUCAAGUUUUUUUAGUAAACGCAUCAGUUUUCCCUCACAUGAAGCCGAUUUCAGACUUAAGCUAGCUGAUCAGCAUCCCGCUUUAUACUCUGAUGCAAACUUAAGCAGCGGGAAAUACCUUCAAAAGUGUGUGAUGGAAGUAACAAAGUAAA